AUGGCGGCUGUCGGAGGAUCCCUCCAGUUCUUUCUCCCCGUUUCGCUCUUGCUUCUAACGUCAGCGCCGUCGCCUCUCGUUCAGGCCGCCGGAGUCGGGAGCUGCCGGGGUGAGCCGGGCCUUAGGACAGGCGAGUCUCGAGACUCUGAAACCUGCGGCUUGACUCUGCAGCUGGAGCACUCCUUUGAGCUGGAUGACAGCAUCCAGUUUAAAAAGCGGGGGACUCUCCUGUGGAACAUGACCCCCGACUCCAGCCUCUCCCUAAGCCAGAAGCAGUUAACUGAGGAGGAGCGCAAUAAACUUAGGGAAGUAGCUACAGAAGGUGGACUCUAUCGGGUGCGGAUCCCACGACGGCCCCUAGGGAGCACAGAGGAGAGUGGAGUUGAAUACGUCACCUCCUUUGUCCGGGCGUGCUCCAUGGUAGAGUCACAUCUAUCCGACAGGCUGACGGUUCAUACGGACGUGGCUGGAAACAUCAUCGGCCUCUCCGUCGUCACCAUCCCGGGGUCCUGCCACGGGGCCGAGGUGGAAGAUGUGGACUUGGAACUGUUCAACACCACCAUCCUCCUCCAGCAGCCCAUCCCUGCAGCUGUACCCGAGACAGCAGCCUUUAUUGAACGUAUGGAGCAGGAGCAGGCGCAGAAAGCCAAGAAUCCCCAGGAACAGAAAUCCUUCUUUGCCAAAUACUGGAUGUACAUAAUCCCGAUCGUCCUCUUCCUGAUGAUGUCUGGCGCGCCUGAUGCAGGGGGGCAGGGAGGGGGGAAUGGGGGCAGUGCCGGAGGAGGGGGGCGAUGAGGGGCGCGUUGUCUC